AUGCAGCAGUCACCUGUUGGACUCGGAAUGCAGCAGUCACCUGUUGGACUCGGAAUGCAGCAGUCACCUGUUGGACUCGGAAUGCAGCAGUCACCUGUUGGACUCGGAAUGCAGCAGUCACCUGUUGGACUCGGAAUGCAGCAGUCACCUGCUGGACUCGGAAUGCAGCAGUCACCUGCUGGACUCGGAAUGCAGCAGUCACCUGCUGGACUCGGAAUGCAGCAGUCACCUGCUGGACUCGGAAUGCAGCAGUCACCUGUUGGACUCGGAAUGCAGCAGUCACCUGCUGGACUCGGAAUGCAGCAGUCACCUGCUGGACUCGGAAUGCAGCAGUCACCUGCUGGACUCGGAAUGCAGCAGUCACCUGUUGGACUCGGAAUGCAGCAGUCACCUGCUGGACUCGGAAUGCAGCAGUCACCUGUUGGACUCGGAAUGCAGCAGUCACCUGUUGGACUCGGAAUGCAGCAGUCACCUGCUGGACUCGGAAUGCAGCAGUCACCUGCUGGACUCGGAAUGCAGCAGUCACCUGUUCGACUCGGAAUGCAGCAGUCACCUGCUGGACUCGGAAUGCAGCAGUCACCUGCUGGACUCGGAAUGCAGCAGUCACCUGCUGGACUCGGAAUGCAGCAGUCACCUGCUGGACUCGGAAUGCAGCAGUCACCUGUUGGACUCGGAAUGCAGCAGUCACCUGUUGGACUCGGAAUGCAGCAGUCACCUGCUGGACUCGGAAUGCAGCAGUCACCUGCUGGACUCGGAAUGCAGCAGUCACCUUCUGGACUCGUAAUGCAGCAGUCACCUGUUGGACUCGGAAUGCAGCAGUCACCUGUUGGACUCGGAAUGCAGCAGUCACCUGUUGGACUCGGAAUGCAGCCAACACUUGUUGGACUCGGAAUGCAGCAGACACAAGCUGGACUCGGAAUGCUGCAGUCACCAGCUGGACUCGGAAUGCAGCAGUCACCUGUUGGACUCGGAAUGCAGCAGUUACCUGCUGGACUCGGAAUGCAGCACUCACCUGCUGGACUCGGAAUGCAGCAGUCACCUGUUGGACUCGGAAUGCAGCACUCACCUGCUGGACUCGGAAUGCAGCACUCACCUGCUGGACUCGGAAUGCAGCACUCACCUGCUGGACUCGGAAUGCAGCAGUCACCUGCUGGACUCGGAAUGCAGCAGUCACCUGCUGGACUCGGAAUGCAGCAGUCACCUGCUGGACUCGGAAUGCAGCAGUCACUUGCUGGACUCGUAAUGCAGCAGUCACCUGCUGUACUCGGAAUGCAGCAGUCACCUGCUGGACUCGGAACGCAGCAGUCACCUGUUGGACUCGGAAUGCAGCAGUCACCUGUUGGACUCGGAAUGCAGCAGUCACCUGCUGGACUCGGAAUGCAGCAGUCACCUGCUGGACUCGGAAUGCAGCAGUCACCUGUUGGACUCGGAAUGCAGCAGUCACCUGUUGGACUCGGAAUGCAGCAGUCACCUGCUGGACUCGGAAUGCAGCAGUGUCCUGCUGGACUCGGAAUGCAGCAGUCACCUGCUGGACUCGGAAUGCAGCAGUCACCUGUUGGACUCGGAAUGCAGCAGUCACCUGUUGGACUCGGAAUGCAGCAGUCACCUGCUGGACUCGGAAUGCAGCAGUCACCUGCUGGACUCGGAAUGCAGCAGUCACCUGUUGGACUCGGAAUGCAGCAGUCACCUGCUGGACUCGGAAUGCAGCAGUCACCUGCUGGACUCGGAAUGCAGCAGUCACCUGCUGGACUCGGAAUGCAGCAGUCACCUGCUGGACUCGGAAUGCAGCAGUCACCUGCUGGACUCGGAAUGCAGCAGUCACCUGCUGGACUCGGAAUGCAGCAGUCACCUGUUGGACUCGGAAUGCAGCAGUCACCUGCUGGACUCGGAAUGCAGCAGUCACCUGCUGGACUCGGAAUGCAGCAGUCACCUGCUGGACUCGGAAUGCAGCAGUCACCUGCUGGACUCGGAAUGCAGCAGUCACCUGUUGGACUCGGAAUGCAGCAGUCACUUGCUGGACUCGGAAUGCAGCAGUCACCUGUUGGACUCGGAAUGCAGCAGUCACCUGUUGGACUCGGAAUGCAGCAGUCACCUGCUGGACUCGGAAUGCAGCAGUCACCUGCUGGACUCGGAAUGCAGCAGUCACCUGUUCGACUCGGAAUGCAGCAGUCACCUGCUGGACUCGGAAUGCAGCAGUCACCUGCUGGACUCGGAAUGCAGCAGUCACCUGCUGGACUCGGAAUGCAGCAGUCACCUGCUGGACUCGGAAUGCAGCAGUCACCUGUUGGACUCGGAAUGCAGCAGUCACCUGUUGGACUCGGAAUGCAGCAGUCACCUCAGUCACCUGCUGGACUCGGAAUGCAGCAGUCACCUGUUGGACUCGGAAUGCAGCAGUUACCUGCUGGACUCGGAAUGCAGCACUCACCUGCUGGACUCGGAAUGCAGCAGUCACCUGUUGGACUCGGAAUGCAGCAGUCACCUGUCGGACACGGAAUGCAGCAGUCACCUGUCGGACUCGGAAUGCAGCAGUCACCUGUCGGACUCGGAAUGCAGCAGUCACCUGCUGGACUCGGAAUGCAGCAGUCACCUGCUGGACUCCGAAUGCAGCAGUCACCUGCUGGACUCGGAAUGCAGCAGUCACCUGCUGGACUCGGAAUGCAGCAGUCACCUGCUGGACUCGGAAUGCAGCAGUCACCUGUUGGACUCGGAAUGCAGCAGUCACCCGUUGGACUCGGAAUGCAGCAGUCACCUGUUGGACUCGGAAUGCAGCAGUCACCUGUUGGACUCGGAAUGCAGCAGUCACCUGUUGGACUCGGAAUGCAGCAGUCACCUGUUGGACUCGGAAUGCAGCAGUCACCUGUUGGACUCGGAAUGCAGCAGUCACCUGUUGGACUCGGAAUGCAGCAGUCACCUGUCGGACUCGGAAUGCAGCAGUCACCUGCUGGACUCGGAAUGCAGCAGUCACCUGUUGGACUCGUAAUGCAGCAGUCACCUGCUGGACUCGGAAUGCAGCAGUCACCUGCUGGACUCGGAAUGCAGCAGUCACCUGUUGGACUCGGAAUGCAGCAGUCACCUGCUGGACUCGGAAUGCAGCAGUCACCUGCUGGACUCGGAAUGCAGCAGUCACCUGCUGGACUCGGAAUGCAGCAGUCACCUGCUGGACUCGGAAUGCAGCAGUCACCUGCUGGACUCGGAAUGCAGCAGUCACCUGCUGGACUCGGAAUGCAGCAGUCACCUGUUGGACUCGGAAUGCAGCAGUCACCUGUUGGACUCGGAAUGCAGCAGUCACCUGCUGGACUCGGAAUGCAGCAGUGUCCUGCUGGACUCGGAAUGCAGCAGUCACCUGUCGGACUCGGAAUGCAGCAGUCACUUGUCGGACUCGGAAUGCAGCAAUCACCUGCUGGACUCGGAAUGCAGCAGUCACCUGCUGGACUCGGAAUGCAGCAGUCACCUGUUGGACUCGGAAUGCAGCAGUCACCUGCUGGACUCGGAAUGCAGCAGUGUCCUGCUGGACUCGGAAUGCAGCAGUCACUUGUCGGACUCGGAAUGCAGCAAUCACCUGCUGGACUCGGAAUGCAGCAGUCACCUGCUGGACUCGGAAUGCAGCAGUCACCUGUUGGACUCGGAAUGCAGCAGUCACCUGCUGGACUCGGAAUGCAGCAGUCACCUGCUGGACUCGGAAUGCAGCAGUCACCUGUUGGACUCGGAAUGCAGCAGUCACCUGCUGGACUCGGAAUGCAGCAGUCACCUGCUGGACUCGGAAUGCAGCAGUCACCUGCUGGACUCGGAAUGCAGCAGUCACCUGCUGGACUCCGAAUGCAGCAGUCACCUGCUGGACUCGGAAUGCAGCAGUCACCUGCUGGACUCGGAAUGCAGCAGUCACCUGUUGGACUCGGAAUGCAGCACUCACCUGCUGGACUCGGAAUGCAGCACUCACCUGCUGGACUCGGAAUGCAGCACUCACCUGCUGGACUCGGAAUGCAGCAGUCACCUGCUGGACUCGGAAUGCAGCAGUCACCCGUUGGACUCGGAAUGCAGCAGUCACCUGUUGGACUCGGAAUGCAGCAGUCACCUGUUGGACUCGGAAUGCAGCAGUCACCUGUUGGACUCGGAAUGCAGCAGUCACCUGUUGGACUCGGAAUGCAGCAGUCACCUGUUGGACUCGGAAUGCAGCAGUCACCUGUUGGACUCGGAAUGCAGCAGUCACCUGUCGGACUCGGAAUGCAGCAGUCACUUGUCGGACUCGGAAUGCAGCAAUCACCUGCUGGACUCGGAAUGCAGCAGUCACCUGCUGGACUCGGAAUGCAGCAGUCACCUGUUGGACUCGGAAUGCAGCAGUCACCUGCUGGACUCGGAAUGCAGCAGUCACCUGCUGGACUCGGAAUGCAGCAGUCACCUGUUGGACUCGGAAUGCAGCAGUCACCUGCUGGACUCGGAAUGCAGCAGUCACCUGCUGGACUCGGAAUGCAGCAGUCACCUGCUGGACUCGGAAUGCAGCAGUCACCUGCUGGACUCGGAAUGCAGCAGUCACCUGCUGGACUCGGAAUGCAGCAGUCACCUGCUGGACUCGGAAUGCAGCAGUCACCUGCUGGACUCGGAAUGCAGCAGUCACCUGCUGGACUCGGAAUGCAGCAGUCACCUGCUGGACUCGGAAUGCAGCAGUCACCUGCUGGACUCGGAAUGCAGCAGUCACCUGCUGGACUCGGAAUGCAGCAGUCACCUGCUGGACUCGGAAUGCAGCAGUCACCUGCUGGACUCGGAAUGCAGCAGUCACCUGCUGGACUCGGAAUGCAGCAGUCACCUGCUGGACUCGGAAUGCAGCAGUCACCUGCUGGACUCGGAAUGCAGCAGUCACCUGCUGGACUCGGAAUGCAGCAGUCACCUGCUGGACUCGGAAUGCAGCAGUCACCUGCUGGACUCGGAAUGCAGCAGUCACCUGCUGGACUCGGAAUGCAGCACUCACCUGCUGGACUCGGAAUGCAGCACUCACCUGCUGGACUCGGAAUGCAGCAGUCACCUGCUGGACUCGGAAUGCAGCAGUCACCUGCUGGACUCGGAAUGCAGCAGUCACCCGUUGGACUCGGAAUGCAGCAGUCACCUGUUGGACUCGGAAUGCAGCAGUCACCUGUUGGACUCGGAAUGCAGCAGUCACCUGUUGGACUCGGAAUGCAGCAGUCACCUGUUGGACUCGGAAUGCAGCAGUCACCUGUUGGACUCGGAAUGCAGCAGUCACCUGUUGGACUCGGAAUGCAGCAGUCACCUGUCGGACUCGGAAUGCAGCAGUCACUUGUCGGACUCGGAAUGCAGCAAUCACCUGCUGGACUCGGAAUGCAGCAGUCACCUGCUGGACUCGGAAUGCAGCAGUCACCUGUUGGACUCGGAAUGCAGCAGUCACCUGCUGGACUCGGAAUGCAGCAGUCACCUGCUGGACUCGGAAUGCAGCAGUCACCUGUUGGACUCGGAAUGCAGCAGUCACCUGCUGGACUCGGAAUGCAGCAGUCACCUGCUGGACUCGGAAUGCAGCAGUCACCUGCUGGACUCGGAAUGCAGCAGUCACCUGCUGGACUCGGAAUGCAGCAGUCACCUGCUGGACUCGGAAUGCAGCAGUCACCUGCUGGACUCGGAAUGCAGCAGUCACCUGUUGGACUCGGAAUGCAGCAGUCACCUGUUGGACUCGGAAUGCAGCAGUCACCUGCUGGACUCGGAAUGCAGCAGUGUCCUGCUGGACUCGGAAUGCAGCAGUCACCUGCUGGACUCGGAAUGCAGCAGUCACCUGUUGGACUCGGAAUGCAGCAGUCACCUGUUGGACUCGGAAUGCAGCAGUCACCUGUUGGACUCGGAAUGCAGCAGUGUCCUGCUGGACUCGGAAUGCAGCAGUCACCUGCUGGACUCCGAAUGCAGCAGUCACCUGCUGGACUCGGAAUGCAGCAGUCACCUGCUGGACUCGGAAUGCAGCAGUCACCUGCUGGACUCGGAAUGCAGCAGUCACCUGUUGGACUCGGAAUGCAGCAGUCACCCGUUGGACUCGGAAUGCAGCAGUCACCUGUUGGACUCGGAAUGCAGCAGUCACCUGUUGGACUCGGAAUGCAGCAGUCACCUGUUGGACUCGGAAUGCAGCAGUCACCUGUUGGACUCGGAAUGCAGCAGUCACCUGUUGGACUCGGAAUGCAGCAGUCACCUGUUGGACUCGGAAUGCAGCAGUCACCUGUUGGACUCGGAAUGCAGCAGUCACCUGUUGGACUCGGAAUGCAGCAGUCACCUGUUGGACUCGGAAUGCAGCAGUCACCUGUUGGACUCGGAAUGCAGCAGUCACCUGUCGGACUCGGAAUACAGCAGUCACCUGUCGGACUCGGAAUGCAGCAGUCACCUGUCGGACUCGGAAUGCAGCAGUCACCUGCUGGACUCGGAAUGCAGCAGUCACCUGCUGGACUCGGAAUGCAGCAGUCACCUGCUGGACUCGGAAUGCAGCAGUCACCUGCUGGACUCGGAAUGCAGCAGUCACCUGCUCGACUCGGAAUGCAGCAGUCACCUGCUGGACUCGGAAUGCAGCAGUCACCUGCUGGACUCGGAAUGCAGCAGUCACCUGCUGGACUCGGAAUGCAGCAGUCACCUGCUGGACUCGGAAUGCAGCAGUCACCUGCUGGACUCGGAAUGCAGCAGUCACCUGCUGGACUCGGAAUGCAGCAGUCACCUGCUGGACUCGGAAUGCAGCAGUCACCUGCUGGACUCGGAAUGCAGCAGUCACCUGCUGGACUCGGAAUGCAGCAGUCACCUGCUGGACUCGGAAUGCAGCAGUCACCUGCUGGACUCGGAAUGCAGCAGUCACCUGCUGGACUCGGAAUGCAGCAGUCACCUGCUGGACUCGGAAUGCAGCAGUCACCUGCUGGACUCGGAAUGCAGCAGUCACCUGCUGGACUCGGAAUGCAGCAGUCACCUGCUGGACUCGGAAUGCAGCAGUCACCUGCUGGACUCGGAAUGCAGCAGUCACCUGCUGGACUCGGAAUGCAGAAGUCACCUGCUGGACUCGGAAUGCAGCAGUCACCUGCUGGACUCGGAAUGCAGCAGUCACCUGCUGGACUCGGAAUGCAGCAGUCACCUGCUGGACUCGGAAUGCAGCAGUCACCUGCUGGACUCGGAAUGCAGCAGUCACCUGCUGGACUCGAAAUGCAGCAGUCACCUGCUGGACUCGGAAUCCAGCAGUCACCUGCUGGACUCGGAAUGCAGCAGUCACCUGCUGGACUCCGAAUGCAGCAGUCACCUGCUGGACUCCGAAUGCAGCAGUCACCUGCUGGACUCGGAAUGCAGCAGUGUCCUGCUGGACUCGGAAUGCAGCAGUCACUUGUCGGACUCGGAAUGCAGCAAUCACCUGCUGGACUCGGAAUGCAGCAGUCACCUGCUGGACUCGGAAUGCAGCAGUCACCUGUUGGACUCGGAAUGCAGCAGUCACCUGCUGGACUCGGAAUGCAGCAGUCACCUGCUGGACUCGGAAUGCAGCAGUCACCUGUUGGACUCGGAAUGCAGCAGUCACCUGCUGGACUCGGAAUGCAGCAGUCACCUGCUGGACUCGGAAUGCAGCAGUCACCUGCUGGACUCGGAAUGCAGCAGUCACCUGCUGGACUCGGAAUGCAGCAGUCACCUGCUGGACUCGGAAUGCAGCAGUCACCUGCUGGACUCGGAAUGCAGCAGUCACCUGUUGGACUCGGAAUGCAGCAGUCACCUGCUGGACUCGGAAUGCAGCAGUCACCUGCUGGACUCGGAAUGCAGCAGUCACCUGCUGGACUCGGAAUGCAGCAGUCACCUGCUGGACUCGGAAUGCAGCAGUCACCUGCUGGACUCGGAAUGCAGCAGUCACCUGCUGGACUCGGAAUGCAGCAGUCACCUGCUGGACUCGGAAUGCAGCAGUCACCUGCUGGACUCGGAAUGCAGCAGUCACCUGCUGGACUCGGAAUGCAGCAGUCACCUGCUGGACUCGGAAUGCAGCAGUCACCUGCUGGACUCGGAAUGCAGCAGUCACCUGCUGGACUCGGAAUGCAGCAGUCACCUGCUGGACUCGGAAUGCAGAAGUCACCUGCUGGACUCGGAAUGCAGCAGUCACCUGCUGGACUCGGAAUGCAGCAGUCACCUGCUGGACUCGGAAUGCAGCAGUCACCUGCUGGACUCGGAAUGCAGCAGUCACCUGCUGGACUCGGAAUGCAGCAGUCACCUGCUGGACUCGAAAUGCAGCAGUCACCUGCUGGACUCGGAAUGCAGCAAUCACCUGCUGGACUCGGAAUGCAGCAGUCACCUGCUGGACUCGGAAUCCAGCAGUCACCUGCUGGACUCGGAAUGCAGCAGUCACCUGCUGGACUCGGAAUGCAGCACUCACCUGCUGGACUCGGAAUGCAGCAGUCACCUGCUGGACUCGGAAUGCAGCAGUCACCUGCUGGACUCCGAAUGCAGCAGUCACCUGCUGGACUCGGAAUGCAGCAGUCACCUGUUGGACUCGGAAUGCAGCAGUCACCUGUUGGACUCGGAAUUCAGCAGUCACCUGUUGGACUCGGAAUGCAGCAGUCACCUGUUGGACUCGGAAUGCAGCAGUCACCUGCUGGACUCGGAAUGCAGCAGUCACCUGCUGGACUCGGAAUGCAGCAGUCACCUGCUGGACUCGGAAUGCAGCAGUCACCUGUUGGACUCGGAAUGCAGCAGUCACCUGUUGGACUCGGAAUGCAGCAGUCACCUGUUGGACUCGGAAUGCAGCAGUCACCUGCUGGACUCCGAAUGCAGCAGUCACCUGCUGGACUCCGAAUGCAGCAGUCACCUGCUGGACUCGGAAUGCAGCAGUCACCUGUUGGACUCGGAAUGCAGCAGUCACCCGUUGGACUCGGAAUGCAGCAGUCACCCGUUGGACUCGGAAUGCAGCAGUCACCUGUUGGACUCGGAAUGCAGCAGUCACCUGUUGGACUCGGAAUGCAGCAGUCACCUGUUGGACUCGGCAAACGCAUUCAGCAGCGCAGCCCCAUCGCCCGUGCGUGCGAACGGAAUCAUGUCGUCGUGCAGAAACGGCGCCUUGGCGACGCGAUCGCGAAUCUUGUUGCCGAAACGCGCGCCGAUCGCACAGCCGCGCUCGAACGGGCUGCCAGCCACCUCGAGCCGCUCUAG